AUGAACAAUGUUAGCACUAGAAACGACCGCCGUCGGGCAUCGUCCGAAAGACGGCGUCACCACGACGACACGGCCCGCCAUGAGGAUUUCGAUGCGAGGCCGUCUCUCAUGCUCACCCGUACAAGGUCCCAAGAAUUCAGCAUGACGGAGAGCAUAGCGAUUCAGGAGACUCUGCCUCCCGAACGACCUAAACACACCCAGGAUGGCGCUGAAGACAGCGAACACGUCUGGCCGCACUCGGUCAGAUACCUCGUCCUCCUGUGCGCGUUCAUAACGAGCCUGAGCUUUGGUGUAACUCAAGUUCCGCUGCUGUACGUCUUCAGACUAAUGACUUGCGACGCUUACUACACGGAUCAUUCUGCUCCUCCUCCUUCAUCUUCCGUCUCGCCUUCAGCGUCACACUCUCAUAUCAUUUCCAUACUGGCUUACACUUUUGACAACCCUGGCAAGGAGACACCCGAUAGAUGUUCAGUCCCCGCGAUUGAAAGUUCAACUGCGCUGUCCGUGGCUCUUCUCGGCGCAAGCACCACCAUAUUCGGCUUGCUCAACCUCUUUGUGACGGGCAGUCUGAUCAAGCGGAUCGGCGUCAAGCCAACUCUCGUCAUCCAGGUCUUCUUUCCUGCCCUCAGACUACUGGUUCAGACCAUCGGCGUCGAAGUCUGGGGUAGUACGGGCAUCAUCAUCAUCCAGUGCAGCCAGAUUGUCAGCAUCUUAGGAGGGCCCAGCGGCUAUCUACUGGCGCUAAACACCUUCAUCACCGAGGUGGUCGAGUAUGAAGGCCGGACUGCUGCGCUCGGACGACUGACAGGGGCUAUGAUGUUUGGCUCCGCUACUGGAUUUCUUGUUGGGGGUGUUGUCGCCGAGACCUUCGGGGUGAAAGCGCCCUUCCGACUGACGUUCUUACUGUUCAUGAGCGCAUGCGCCUAUGUCGUGGUUUUCCUUCCUCACCUUCAUCCUGAUGCCCGUGAAUCGUCACAACCUCAAUCUAAGAAGGGCAAAGAGAGCGCAAACACGGGCUUGAAGCGGUUCUUUGGACCGCUGGGUGUGUUUGCACCUCGCAAGUUCGUUGGCCUGGACGGCGUCGUGCGCACGGAAUACGGUGCAUUCUUGUUGGCAUGGGGAGUGUUUCUGGGCAUCUUAGCAACGGGCUAUCUCCCCACCCUUCUUCAGCUAUAUGCCACCGAUGUAUUUGCAUUCGGCACCCAGCAGAACGGCUGGCUGAUCUUCAUGUACUCGAUGCUCCGCGGGGUGUUUUUGACGUUUGCUUUCCCGAAGGCCAUCUCCCUAGGCCGGGCGUUCACGAUCGCCCGUGAGGCGCGGAUUCGUAAGCGGAACAACACAGCUGGACAUGCCGAACUCAACGGCCACGCAGCAACGGAGCGGGAUCCCCUGCUAAGUCGCCCGCGCAACGACGACGACGACAGUGACACGACCAAACAAGUAGAUACCGACCGCACCGACCACGAUCAAGACGAAGAUGUCAAAGGCAACGGCCAUAUAAAAGACACCACGCAGAGCAAGAGGCAGGAAACGUUCACUUUCGACCUGACAUAUACACGAGGCUCCCUCAUCGCCGACGGUCUGCUCACGCUCCUCUGCUCCUUCGUCCGGGAAGGAUGGCAAAUGUACCUCGUCGCGGCCGUCCUCCCGUUCGCGGCCGGCACGGGGUCCGCGUCGAAAGGGACGAUUUUGCAAAUGGUCGGAAGCGGCGCGAGCAGUGCUGAGCGCACCGACGCGCUCGCCGGCGUCAGCCUGGUGGAGAACAUGGCGAGGCUUUCCACGACAUUCGUGUUUGGUCUGAUUUUCGCCGGCUUCACGAGCAUAGGACGGACAGAGUUGGUCUUUACUGUGAACGCGGCCGUCGCGAUAGUCGGCUUCGUUGUGCUCUUGUUCGCACGAUUCCCCCUUGAAGGAAGCGUGCCGAUUGAUUCGAUUGAGCAAGACGAAGACGACGAAGAAGAAGAAGAAGACGAUGACGAAGAUCAAUGA